UGUUCUUCGGGCCCGAAGAAACAAAAACAGUUUUUUGCGCCAUUUUCUAACCGCGCUCUGUUUCUCUCCGAAGUCCGCACUCCUAUUCUUCCCAGAUAUGCUACAAGCACCGGAAACGAUCUUUCGUAACGAGCACUCAAGCUUGGAGUUGAUCGGGACUGUUGCGGCACAAAACUGAGUCACUGAAGCGCACGACUCCUCUAUUUUUCCUUUUCUCUGGAUAUCUUUCCUGAAGAAUCGCGUAGUCAUGCGGAGAACAUUUUCGCCGUUCAGGUGUUGAUUUGUGAACAAUCCCAGCGCCUGGAAUUCAAACGUGAUUAUAUCUUCUUUGAUUGGUUGUGUUUUGGUACUGGGUUUUGAGAGCCAAGGAAGCAAAACAGAACAAGAGUUGCAGAAAAUGGCCCAGGGAUGGUUCUCAAAGAGCAAUUACAGUGAAGAUCUCAAUAAACCCUCGCCCUCUUUGUUGGACCAGUGGAAUUCCUACGCAUUGUCACAGAACUCGCAAGACAGCUCCGAUUUGGGUUUUGGUUUCGAUCUGGAAGCAGCAGUUAGGUCAGCCAACGACACUGUCGCCGGCACUUUCAAUGUGGUCUCGCAGGGUGUGAGCAAUAUACAUGGCAACUUUCAGUCUGCCACUAGUAACGUUCCUUCUGGAAAGGCAAUAAUGUAUUUUGGUUUGUUUUUGGCAACUGGGAUCUUCUUCAUUUUCAUUGCAUUCACCAUGUUCCUUCCCGUCAUGGUCGUUAUGCCCCAAAAGUUUGCUAUAUGCUUUACUCUUGGCUGCGGAUUUAUUAUUGGAUCAUUCUUUGCUCUCAAGGGUCCAAGGAAUCAGCUUGUCCACAUGUUAUCAAAAGAGAGGCUACCUUUCACGUUGGGUUUCGUCGGCAUCAUGGUCGGCACCAUAUAUGUAUCUAUGGUUCUUCACAGCUACAUCCUCUCUGUGGUAUUCUCUGUUUUACAGGUUCUAGCACUUGGAUAUUAUGCUUUAUCGUAUUUUCCUGGAGGAUCUGCUGGAAUGAAAUUCCUUACUUCUGCUUUUACCUCCUCAAUUCUGAAAUGUUUUGGUAGAUGACUUGAUUUUGGUUAAUUGGGAGUGAGGUUAACACUUUGUCUAUAUGGUAGAUGACUUGUAUAGUUACCUUAGAAUCUCAAUGAAGUUUUGAACUGAUCUGGUAACAUUGCUAUUGUAAAUUCGAGUAUCAUCCUUCCCCCCAUCCAAAAAAGAAAUUUUUUGUUGCCACUUCUAAUAGAAAGGAAUCCUUCAUCAAUGGUUGUGAAUCACUGAUUUUUCUCAAUCUUUAUGACUUGCUGCUAGAAGAGAGUAUACAUUUACCUCCCGGAUACAAGCUGCUAA